AUGGAUUGGAUCUACCCUCAAUUGGUUUCUUUUGGAGGACUUGGUGAAGAUAGUGAGUUCGUGAGUGGGUUGGUGGAUGACGAGAACAUUGAGCGCCUAAAGAAGUACUUUGAUAUAUGUGGUGGUCCAGCAACCUUUAUUCAGGCUCACACUGUGCUGGAAAUGAACUACACUGACAACCAACUAACAACAGCUGUUGUGUCUAAAGGGUUAAGACCUGGUCUUGCAGGGACUGAAUCAGCAUGGUUUUGCCCUGUUGCCUGUAACAAGCCUCUAAAAGAUUCUCUUGUUCUUAUGUAUUUGCCUGGGUUGGAAGGAACUGGAACUGGCCUUGUUGUACAUGAGAAAGCUCUUGGAAAGUGUGUUGAAUUUGGCUAAGUCAUUAUUGAGUGAGAUGGGCCAAUGUACAACUGCUUAUCCAUAUAAUCAUCUGUUUAGAG